CUCGAGAAGAGAGACGACGGCGACAGCGGGUACGUUUCCAUCGAGUUGCAGAACGAAAACACCUUCUACCUCACGGAGAUCGAGGUCGGGAACCCGGCCCAGAAGAUCGGGGUCUUGGUGGACACGGGCUCGUCAGACUUGUGGGUCGUUGCCACGAACAACUCAUAUUGCCAGUCGAAUACGGGCGGACCGUUGGCCAUCAACUGCUCCACGUACGGCACGUUUGACCCGGCCGACUCAGAGACGUUCCACUCCAACGGCACGGCCUUCUCCAUCACAUACGCCGACAGCACCUUUGCCAAGGGCGUGUGGGGCUACGACGACGUGGUGAUCAACGGUGCCAAUGUGACGGACCUCUCGCUAGCCGUCUGCGACAACGCCGACAACGCCAUGGGCAUCCUCGGGAUCGGCUUGAGCGGCUUAGAAACAACCUUCUCCGGUUCUGUCUCCGCCUCUAGCUCCUCCUCGGAUCCCUACCAGUACGAAAACUUGCCGCUCAGACUCAAGUCCCAAGGCCUCAUCAAGCAGGUCGCAUACUCCGUCUACUUGAACGACUCGUCCGCUGACUCCGCCAACAUCUUGUUCGGUGCCGUCGACCACAACCGCUACACGGGCGAUAUGAUCGCCCUCCCGAUCAUUAACACAAUGAAGUCAAAGGGCUACAAUGACGCCCUUCAGCUCGACAUCACCUUGAACUCGCUCAUCCUAGUCGACAGGUCUUCCUCGCAGCAAGCUGUCAUCGGCACGGGUGCAGCCUCCGCUCUUCUGGACACAGGAACCACCCUCACCUACGUUCCGCAGAACGUUCUCUCUGCCGUCAUUGGCCUUCUCAACGCACAGUACUCCUCAUCGGUCGGCCAGUACGUCAUCAAGUGUGCCGAUGCUGACAACCUUUAUUUGGUCUUUAACUUCCAGGGCCAGGAAAUCAAUAUCGAAAUGUCUUCCUUCCUCGUCAGCUUGGUCACCUCGCGGGGCUCCUCCUCCGACUACUGCAUGGUUGGUUUACAGUCUUCGGGCGCCUCCUCCUUCACCUUGGGUGACUCGUUUUUGAGAAACGUCUACAUGGUUGCAGAUUUAGACAACAUGGAGAUUGGCCUUGCCACUGCAAACCACGACAACAGCGACAGCGAAGACAUCGAGGUCUUGUCAACAGGAAUUCCUAGUGCCAUGACCCCGGCCAGCUCCCUAACCUGGGGCGCCCAAAGCACCUCCCUGUUUGUCCAAAGUGGCGUCCAAAUGUCUUCUAUCCCUGCGUCGCAAUCUUCCUACCAAUUCCAAUCGAAGAAGUCAACCACAACUGCAACUACCAAGAGAGACAGCAACAUGACAACAGGAGCCGCCGUCACAUCAACAUCC